AGUUUGCCGAUUUUAUAAAAGGAGAAGAAAAGAAUCUCGUCCUCUUCCGGUCCCCGCUGGUGUGUUUCAGUGUAAAUAGUGACCGUGUUAACUGGUGACUCCGCGUAAAUGGCGUCGGUGGUUGUCGUGGUAGCAGCAGUUCAAACGCGGCGUCCUCACCAGUGAAUCUGAUUUCAAUCCAAUAUCAUAAUAUACGUUAAAAAUAUGUAUUUAACCAAAGACUGAAGGUAUCCAAUCGAGGAUUUCGCCGGUUUUGAAGCUACGACAACCGCGUUUGGCUGAAAGUCUCCGGUUUACAGGGUCACCAACUCAAGCGAAACACCGACCGUUGAACGACAGGGGUUCUCGGAGUGAGGGGGAUCUGAGACAAGAGUGAGAAAUGGAGAACUCUUUCAAAAGUAAUGUCAUUUUAAAGAAGUUUUCCUGUUAAUUCUGAUGGUAUACUUUCUGUUGUAUUGACAGAAUCACAGCUAAAGAGAGGAUUAAGGCCGUAUGUGAGGCGGCUCUUUGGGGGUUCGUAGAUGGAGAGGCUGGUUAAUACUACAGUGUUUGUAGUUUAAAUGGGUUUUUGUUGAACCAGGACGAGUUCAACCUUUUAAAUGAGCUUGUUUUGAACCAUAUUAGAGGGUUUUAUACCGUAAUCCUGCUGCUAACAGGUUAAUGUUACUUUAUUAGCCGGUUUGCAGAAGAUUACUCACUCAAUGAAGUCAUAUCAGUGUUAAAUAAUGCUCAGAGAAGAGUUCAAACCCUGAAUUUAAACAUGUUUUGUGGGCUCUGUGGUCGUUUUAUAAUGCUAUUUUUAAAGACAGCCAUUGUGAAGCCACUUCUUAACAAAAAUAAUCUCAUGAACUCUAAAUAUUCCAGUGUGAAAUAAAGAAAAUAUUACUGUUGUGAAAGAUGGGAUAUCUCAGAACACAAAAUACUCUUUACUUGCUGUUUGUAGGACUCAGUUAAUGUGUUGAAAGUUAUUCAGAUACCUCUGUCAUGCUCUUGUUUUUUUUUAAUUCACUGUUCAAUAAACUGACUAAUUAAUAAAUCUGUCUCUGCAGUGUCAGACCGACAGGUCAGGAUGAUGAUAGAGCUGCGAGCCACCAAUCACGCCAUCUUCACCGGGAAGAGACACUCGGCCAUGAGAGGCUGGAGGUCAGUCAGUGUGGUGGACUCUGAAUCUGGACUGAAGAUCCUCUAAUAAAAACUGUUGUUAUCAAGAAAAUCACAAAGUUGAUCAACAAAAACUUUCUCUGGGAUUUUAGAGGUUAGAUAUCUGUCUACAGUACGUGAAGGUGCCUGAGUCAAGAGUAGGAUUUUUAAGGAGAGGUUUAAGAUCGUGGUACAUAUAAUGUUAAUAAUGACAUAUUUAUCAAGCUAAGUAAGGACGUACGAAUUAAAGGAAGAGCCUCCUUCAGCAGGUUCGGUGGGAUUGGAUCUAAAAGACAUUUUGAUGGUUUCGCUGCUAACACUUCUGAAUUUAACUCUGGGAGGUCAGUAGGUGCACCAGAGGUCUUAAAGGGAUAUUCUGCCGUAAAAUUAACUUAGAGUCAAACCCACUGUAACACCGAGUUAGACUCCGCCCCCCUCCAGAGAUGAAUGUUGUCGACCGCUUGCUUCUCUAGUUAUACCAACUUUAGUAACGACCACAGGAUAGAAAUACAGAGAGACACGCCCCCAACCAAAACGCCACUCUAUAGCCACAAAUAAUGCUCAGAACAGCACCUAACUUCAUCAACAGGACAUAUAGGGUCACAGACAUAGUACUAUAUUCAGAGUUGUUCUAACUCCUAAGAAAACAUAAACUUAAGCGGGGCGUUUCUCCACCUCUGUAGUCUAUAAGCUGGGCCAAUAAACUUGUUAAAUGAAAAGGUAAAGGUGUUUUUUUGAAGCCGAAUUAUCAAUAAAAUCAUGAUUUUGUUAACAGGUAUGGAUUUAUGUGCUGUCGAGUUAAUAUAUGUAAACAAGAGCACAGUAAAGUUAAAUCAGCGAAUUUUCUAAUGAGGUUUUGUUACUGAACGGAACUACACCAUGUUCUACUGAGGUUAGUACAUAUAGGGUCACAGUCAUAGUACUAGACACCAAACAUCUUUUUAACUUUGACUCAUUUCUUUAGCAAAGAGACUAAACACAACUCACCUACUCUCUUCCAGCAGACGCUUGUUUGUAGAGAGACCUCAGGCCAGUCCAUUACAGACUACAGCGGGGUGCCGCAGCUCAAGGAAGAACAUUUAUGAUCAUUUCUUCAUGGAAAUACAAUCAGACCGAGACGCUAAGACAGAAGAACUACCGCGUCUGUAAAAUGAUUAAUAUGGUGAUUAUUACUUCAUGGAAAUGAUAAAGAAAUGAUUGUGUUUGAUUGUGUUUAGUCUCUUUGCUAAAGAAAUGAGUCAAAGUUAAAAAGAUGUUUGGUGUCUAGUACUAUGUCUGUGACCCUAUAUGUCCUGUUGAUGAAGUUAGGUGCUGUUCUGAGCAUUAUUUGUGGCUAUAGAGUGGCGUUUUGGUUGGGGGCGUGGCUCUCUGUAUUGCUAUCCUGCGGUCGUUACUAAAGUUGGUAUAACUAGAGAAGCAAGCGGUCGACAACAUUCAUCUCUGGAGGGGGGGGUCUAACUCGGUGUUACGGUGGGUUUGACCCUAAAUUAGUUUUACAGCAGAAUGUCCCUUUAACAGAGAAGGAUCAUAGCGACUGAUGAUGAACUCUGGUUCCUCCCGCAGGGCCAUCACCAGAGAGAUGGGCCUUCAGGGGCUGGUAUCUCCACAGCAGAUGAAGAAGAGGUGGGAAAAUCUAAAGGAGAAAUACAGGGUGAGUCUGGAUUAACUUCACUCUUCUACAGGACGGAUCCACGUGGACCCAAGAACCACAGGGAGAACCACCCACAGACUCUCUUUGUCUCUGCUGCUGUUUCAAUAAAGUUUGACUCUUCUGGGUUCUUUAAAUGAUCACGUCCUCUUUCUGUGCAGUCAAUGAAGAACCCUCCGGAAGGGAUGGAGAACCAGAUCCAGCCAAAGUCGUGGCGCUGGUUCCAGCUGAUGGAUGAGGCCAUGACGGGGCGUCUGGCCGGGACCGCCAACAUCAUUCAGCCCUCCCCGCUGGACACAGAGGAGGACAACAUUUUCGCCAACAGUCCGCUCGUCCUGGGAGAACCUCAACCUGGACUGGACCUCUCUGAAAUGGCGCCUUUGGAAGAGGACCUGCUGGGGGACGACCUGGAGCUGAACGACCAUGAAAAGAUGAAACCGGAGAACCGGACUGAGAAUCCUCCUCAGGUGGUUUCAGCCGCAGGAAGUAAAGUCCAGGUAAGCAUCCCAGAGUGUCAACCGCAGACUCAGACUGUGAUUAACAGCCAGCCUGUCCUGCUCUACGCCACCCUACUACCUGACCGCACCGCAGAGGCCAGGAAGACUCCUCCCACAUCUAGAGAUGAGGUCAGGAAGGCGGAGGAGGUGGACAGGAAGCUGGUGGAGCUGCAGCGAGAGCGGCGAGCUCUGGAGCAAGAACAGGUGGAGUUCGACAGAGAGCUCAUCGCUUUAGAGAGAGACCGAGAGCUGCUGAGGAAAGACAUGAGCUCGCUGGAGAGAGAGCGAGCGAGUCUGGACCGAGAGCGAGCGGCCGUCGAGAGAGACAGAGCCGCUUUAGAGAAAGACCAGGCCAUCCUGAAGAGAGAGCAGGUGAUCCUGGAUCGAGACCGGGCUUUUCUAGACAGAGACCGAGCGUUUCUGGAGAGAGACCGAGUGUUUGUUCAGAGAGAGAGAGAGGAUUUCGAGAGAGAGAGAGCUCUGUGGAGGCGAGAGAGGGACGGGGACGCUGUGAACGCACAUCCUGCCGAGAUGACGGCAGAAAAAGAAGUGGUUCUGCAGACCCGGUUCUACCAGAGUCUGACCGGGGCAGACCUGGACCCAGACCAGCUGGAAACCAGACAGCGACUGGUUUCUUUGUUCCAGAGGCUGGUGGAGAAGCUGUGAGAGGACGAGGUGUUUUCAUCGACUCGCAAAAUCACAAAAAACUGAACGUUUGAAAAAAAACACUGAGCAGAGAGACAGUUGGACCAAAAACCAGGACUGAGACUGACUUUAGGAGUACGGCUGUUAGUGCGUGAAGGCUCUAAACUCACUUAGACAAACGAAACACUAUAAACUCACCUCAUCGUUGUUGUGUCGCUCUUUGGUCCAGAAAAGUUCUUCAUCGUGUAAAAACGACUGCAGUCAGAUGAAUAAAGGACGUCUGUUUGUAACUGA